CAAAUUAUAAUUUUUAUAUGGAAUAUAAGAUUCGCUAUAGGAAGGGUGAACUGUAUUUUUCCUAAAGUUUUUAAUUUCGUUUAAAAAAAAUUCAUUUCUUUGACCAUUUUGUUAUGUAUGGGUUAACUAAUUUUCUCAAAUUUCUUAAAACGAAGGAUAAGCUAAAAGUUAUUUUAUCGAGAAAUUUGAGAGAACAUAUAAUAAAUUGUGGCGUAUGUCCUGAUUGUAAAAGACCAAAUACCGGAUAUGCAUGGUGUAAUAAAUGUGACCCUGGCCGAUUUAUAAGAGAAGGAAAAUCAACUGGGAAUGAGGAAAUGGAUAACUUUAUUCUUGAAAGUCAAAAACAAACAUUACAUUGUUAUGAUAAUUUAGAGUGGAUACCUUAUGAUAAGUUUAAUAAUAUUAAACCUAUUGGAGAAGGAGGGUUUUCAAAAAUUUAUUCUGCUACGUGGUUGGAAGGUCCACCAAAAUAUGAUAAAAAAAAGGCUCGUGCUGGUUCUAUUGAAGUUGCAUUUAAAAAACUUAAAAAUCCAGAUAUUAGAGCUUUUAUCAAUGAAAUAAGAAUACAUGAUAAAUGUAAUUAUGCUAAUUUUCAUAUUACGCAACUUUAUGGUAUAACAAAAGAUCCGGAUACAAAAGAAUUUAUGAUGGUUUUAGAAUAUGCAAAUUAUGGAAAUUUAAGAGAUUAUCUUAAACAAAAUUAUUCUACUUUAAAAUGGAAGGAUAAAUUAGAUAUCUUGGUUAAUAUAAUAGUGGAACUUGAAUUUAUUCAUGAUAGAAAUUAUAUCCAUAAGGAUUUACAUAGUGGAAAUGUACUUCAGUUCUAUUAUAACGGACGAAUUGAAACAAAAAUUACUGAUUUAGGACUCGCACAAUUAUUUAAUAAUUCAGAUUCUUCUAAUUUUACAUCUAUAUGCGGAGUUCUUCCUUAUGUAGCACCUGAAAUAUUAAAUGGAAAACCAUAUAGUUUUAAAAGUGAUAUUUAUAGUUUUGGUAUUAUUAUGAUAGAAGUAUCAACUGGAAAGCCACCUCACGGAAAGAUACCACAUGAUGAAAAUCUUGCGUUAGCAAUAUGCGAUGGUUUGAGACCAACAGUAGCUAAAGGAACACCAAAAUGUUAUACUGAUUUAGUAAAUCGAUGUCUUAGUGCAAAUCCGGACGAAAGACCUUCGUCAAAAGAGAUCCUCAAAGUGAUUAGAAACUGGCGAUUCCAUAGUGAUCACGAAAAAGUUUUACAUUCUAAGAGAAAAUCAGUUUGUAAAGAUGUAGCAAUGUCUAAAGAAUUUAUUGAGACAGUUAAAGAUAAAGAUGAAAGUGAACUUUCUUCUACUGAAACAAUACUUCAUCCUAAAGCGAUUUAUAUUAGUCGACCGAUGAAAUAUAAUAGUCUUUAUUGUGAGCCAAAAAACUCUUCAGGAACUCAAAUUGAAAAUUCAAUAUUUUCAGAUUUACAAUUAAAUGAAUUAAAUGAACUAGUGGCCAGGUUGGAUGAUUCAAAAAUGAACAUUAUAUUGACUGGAUAGUUAUAUAUAUAUAUUAGUAUUGAAAGUAUAAAAUACAAUAUAUAGUUGAAGUAUAAUAAGAGAUUAAAAGACAGCAUGAGCAUUAAAUACUUAGGGUUAAAACGUGCAGGUAAAUAUUUAAUUUGACUAUUGUAAUAUGAUAAACAGGAUACUAUUUCAAGUUUCCAUGGUAUAUGCUAAUAAUUAAUCUCAAGGUACAUUAAUUAGUUCUAAUAGACCUAUUGUUACGUUCGUUAAAUUUUAUUGGUACAUACAGUAAUAUAUCAAGUGUAAAUCUCCAAAAUUUAGUUACUGAAAUAUUUAAUUAACAGUAAAUAGUAUAUAAUUACAUUCAUUCAACACAACUUUUAGUUCGGAUACAAAUGCGUGCAGGUGCUAAUAGCUGCAUUCUCAAUUGCCGGCCGGCUCAGUCAUAGAUUGGCAC